AUGAACGGAGCAGGUGGAGUGGCUGUCGCAACACAGCACCCUGUAAGAGACUACAAUCACAGUACUGAUCAAGAGUAUCAAAGGUUGAGAAAACUAGCAGAUGAAGCAUACAAGAAAAGAGACCGGUUUAGCCAUGAAUCGCAAACGGCUUACCAACAAGGUGACAAGAAGUCAGCUCAUGAUCUAAGUGAGAAGAGCAAAGCACAACUAAAAAUCGCAGAGGAUCUUAAUAUGCAAGCGGCGGAAUAUGUGUUCGUAGAAAACAAUGCAGACUCCUCCAGCAAUGAGAUUGAUUUGCAUGGGUUAUACGUUAAAGAGGCCCUAUUCAUUCUUCAAAAACGAAUCAAGUUCGCCACCGACCAUAAUGAAUCACAACUGAAUGUUAUUGUCGGGAAAGGGUUGCAUUCCCAAAAUGGGAUAGCCAAGCUCAAACCAUCUAUUGAAGAGUUCUGCGCUAAGCAUGGUAUCAGGAACCAUUUGGAAAAGGGAAACUCGGGAGUUUUGGUGCUCGAGUUGCAAGGUGUGCAAAUGCCUGUGGGUGGAACUGGAAUGAGUGUUCCCGCUAACCAAUACAAUGCUCAGCCACAACCUCAAUAUAACAAUAAUGGAGGAAACCCCCAAGGUCAAGCCAAUAAUUAUAAUAACAAUAUCAAUAAUAGUACCAAUGAUAACAAUGGUAAGGACAGUACGUUGGCUAGUAUAUUUAAAAUCAUUUGUAGCUGUAUAAAAGGUUUGACAUGA